AGCAUUGAGGAUGGGCUGCUGUUGGAGCUGCGCCUGUGUCAGUUCGUAUUGGUGCUGGCUGCGGGAGCUGCUCGUCCAGCUGGUGGACACCAAUUGGUUCAUUCUGAUUUGGGCCGUGAGCGGCGCCUUGGUGGUGCUCUAUAAUCUGCACUCGGGCAUCUGCCUGAUGGAGCACAUUUCGGGCUGCGGCCAGGCAAGCGAAGAGACCGCGGCUGCUCCCGACUCGAGGUCUAGCUUGGAUUAUGGCAUCAGGCAUGGACCGCACACCUGGCGCACAGCCGACAACAAUCAGAGUCCCAUUAACAUUGUUAGCCGCUGCGCGGAGGAGGUCUGCUUUAACCAGGCGCUCCGAUGGAUCGGCUACGAGAAUCUGCCCGUGGGCAUUCGCCUGGAGAACAACGGGCACACGCUGCUGCUGCGCGCCGCCUUCCAGGACGAGGAGACGCCACAUUUGGGCGGCGGUGAUUUGCUGAGCUGCUUCAGCUUCCAUGAGAUCAGCUUCCGCUGGAGCUGGUACAACAGCACCGGGUCGGAGCACACGCUGGACAACGAGCACUUUCCGCUCGAGAUGCAGUGCCUGCACACGGACGCCGUCAACACGGCGAACGCGUCUAGCCGGAGUCUGCUGAUGGUCUCCUACAUGUUCACCGUGUCCGUGGAGAAUCCGUUUAUGGACGUGAUCGUACAGCAUCUGGUCGCCGUCCAGCUGGCCGGACAGUGCGUCGAGAUACCGCCCUUUCCGCUCAACUAUCUGAUGUCGCCGUUCUACACGGACUUCUACAGCUACCACGGCUCCCUCACCGAGCCGCCCUGCCACCGCGGCGCCGAGUGGUUCAUCUGCCCGCAGCCGAUCGCCAUCAGCGAGCGGCAGCUCCACGAGUUCCGCAAGCUGCGCAGCCGCAGCGGCGCUCGCAUCGGACGCAAUGCUCGACCCGUUCAGUCGCUCGGCGAUCGAACUGUCAAAAUCAAUUGCUAUCGCGCCUUCGAUUAGGGCGUGGCAUAAUCUAUAAAUGCCAAAUGUCAAUUCAUAUUUUUAUUAUAUUUUUAUAAAAAGAAUUGGAUAAUGCUUAUUGAUCUAAUAGAA